CUGCCGGGACGCCGGGCAAUUACCUUUUUCUCUCUUCCUCUUCGGUCCUUCUCCCGUAGAAGCUGUAGGAGUGCUUUGCUCUCUAAACUGCUACGUAUGCUGAGCUGGCACAGGAAUGAGGGAUGAACUGAGCAGGGAUCCCGUCUCCUCCUCCCGCCGCGGCUGUGGCCGCUGGCGGAGCAGUGCAUUGUGGAGGCUGAGCGCGCCGCAGCGGCUGGACCUGCAGCCCGGGAUCGCGCGGCGGGGAGCUGUCCGAGGUGCUGAUCGCCCCGGCCCGCAGCCGGUCUGCGCCCUGCACGCGCACCUGCACCGGACCCCAUCCAAGUCCUGGCCUUCGUGUCUCUCUCUUUACCUAGGGGCGUAACGGCUGGAGGAAAUCAUGGUGUUCGCUCCAGGCGAGAAAACUGGAAACGAGCCUGAAGAGGUGAGGCUGCAGAAUGCCAGCAAACAGAUUGUGCAGAAUGCCAUCCUGCAGGCUGUGCGACAAGUCUCCCAGGAGAGUCGGCAGAGGGAAGAGAGAGACGGUGACAACCGGGGCAGCUUCCAGCUGGGCGUGGGGCAGUUAACCAAGAAGCAUGAAAAGAAGUAACACGGUGGAUUUGGCUCUUCUCAUAUGCUCCUCUUUUAGCCUUUCUCUUAGUAUAGGAUGCGUCGCCAACAUGUUGCCAGUAAAGCAAACCAAAAGUGCCAUUGGCACCCAGCGGCAGAAUGAAUUCAUACGAGCCCUGGCUGAGAAGCACUGUUUUGAAAAAGUGUGUUAGAUGAUUCUGUUUAUAUUAAUGCAGUGCCUCUUAAACAUUGUGGGGCCAAACCCGAUAUUGUAAUUGCAAAAGUAGUUUUGCAGCACAAUUUAUUUUUAAAAACAUAAUUAUGUCUAUUGAUUUCUGCCUUUUAUGCAUUCUUUCUGUGAAUUUAACCAAUAGUCCUUUUUGCUGUAAUAUUGAGUAAUUUCUGUGUUCAUUAUAGUUUAAAAAGACUUGCUGGAAAGGGGAAAGAUUGGAGUUUCAAUCUUCAAUAUGGAACUGAAGGUCAAAUUGAGCAAAGGCAAAUUCUAAGACUGAGUCUCUCAGGAUCUUAUGAAGAUAUAU